GCGGUGCCGAGCGUCUGGACGCCGCGUCGGCGGUCCGCUCAGUGUGCUAUUUACACAAGCAUCGCCUACGCGGCGCUCUUCGCAAGGUUUCGACGUGUAAGAGAGACUCAAAAGCGACAACAUGUAAACAAAAUUGUUCCAAUUUCGGGCUAAUCUAAACAAAUUCCCAGCAGUUAUGCGUACUUGAGCCAUUUUAAUAUAAAAAAUAUUAACUUAAUGCUGUCAAGUGCAAGUGUUGUCGAUGUUUGCCACGAGCGCAUAAAAUUGCAAUUAUGUUUGAAGGGGAAGCUGUAAAACGCGAAGACUGUAAUUUAUCUGCUCGCCACGCUGACGGCGAUUAAUUGAUGCCGCAAAACAACCUCUUCCACAAAACGCGGCUUCCAGUAAAGUGAUCAAUUUCUAUACAUUAGUGCGAUAGUGAACUAUAGCAACGUGUUCGAGAUGGAGACAACAGUUUAUUUGACACCGACCGACGAUUUUCCGCAUCGGUUGAAGAAUUGGUGGCAACAUUUAAAACUGAAGGCGGCAUUACAACAUGUGUCGCUUUUCAUAGCACUAAUGACCUACACAGUGUGUGGUGGAUUAGUGUUCAGGAAAUUGGAGUAUCCAGCUGAAGUCGAACGCCUGACAAUGCUAAACGAGACAGUCCAUACACAAAGGGCGCGUUUUGUUCAAUGGAUUAAAAACAAUUCUGCAAUGCAGCAAUUUGACAAUUCCGAAAUUCAAGAAAUGGAAUUAGAAUCAGCUUUGAACAAGUAUGAAAAUGUUUUGCAGAAUGCUGUUAAACGCGGAUUAACCAACUAUAGAGACUCCAUGGAACAAUUAGAGAGGUGGACAAUACUCAAAUCAGUUUUCUUUUCGUCCACUGUCAUUACUACAAUAGGCUAUGGUGACAUAGUUCCGGUAACAAUAAAAGGGCGUGCGUUCUGCAUCGUCUACGCUCUGAUUGGCAUACCCUUAACCCUCACGGUGAUAGCGGAUUUCGGUCGGUUAUUCGCCACAACUGUAUCGACGCUUAUGGAUCACCUGCCGCCGCCCCCGAAGUUUUGCAGGGGCAAGAAUGCUUCGGGCGCACGAAGGACUUCAUUAUAUGCCCUGUCGGCAGUCGGUUUUCUGUUCGUUUAUUUGGCUCUCGGCGCCGGAUUAUUCGUCAUCUGGGAGGACGGCUGGACUUUCUUCGAUGGUUUCUACUUCUGUUUCGUCACAAUGACCACCAUUGGAUUUGGCGAUCUAGUCCCGGAAAAACCCACUUACAUGCUGUUCGCCACCAUGUAUAUCCUUAUCGGAUUAGCGCUGACAACGACUAUCAUCGAGCUCGUGCGGCGUCAGUACGCGCAAUCCUGGCGGCAAUUGCAGGCGUUAUCAGGACCGUUGGCGGACAAUCUGCGAAAGCUGGCCGAAAAUCGCCCCGGAUUAGAUGUCUCCGCUUUCCAGCAAGACUUGCGGAAAGUUUUGACCGUUGUCACCAUGCCGAGGAAGUUUAACGCAUCACAAAAAAGUAAGACGGGUAAAUUGCAACCGAAUGGCGACUGGGAAGAAGCGAUGGAAGCCGUUAUAAGAGAUAUAACCGAAGGAAAUCAGCGACAGAAACCGCCGAUAGUACAAAUUGUUAUUUACGAAAGUUCUGUAUAAGAUAAAAUUUGCAUUCCUGUUUCAUAAAUAAAUGUAUAUCUAUAUCUAGAUAUAUCGCUUUGAAAAAUAAAACAAUAAAUAAGCCAAGUUUAA